CGACGGUCACACAUUCUUCAGGCUUUCGCUCCAUCCAUCAACCCAAUCGCACCUUUUAUCUCUCUAGCCGCGUCUCAUUCUUGAGUCACAAUGUCAGAGUCUUUGCAGUACCGUGGCGAGCUUGCCGCUCACCGUGGCUGGGUCACCGCCAUUGCUACCUCCUCGGAGAACCCCAACCUUCUCCUGACGGCUUCUCGUGACCGCACCAUCAUCGUGUGGGAGCUUGGCCGCGAUGAUGCUAACUAUGGCUACCCCAAGAAGAUUUUGAGAGGCCACAACCACUUCGUGUCAGACAUUGUCAUCAGCAGCGAUGGUCAAUUCGCUCUUUCUGCCUCGUGGGACAAGACUCUCCGCCUUUGGGACCUCAAUACCGGUACGACCGCCCGUCGCUUCGUGGGACACACUGGCGAUGUUCUUAGUGUCAGCUUCAGCGCCGACAACCGUCAGAUCGUCAGCGGAAGCCGUGACAGGACCAUCAAGCUGUGGAACACCCUUGGUGAAUGCAAGUUCAACAUCCAGGAGGACGGUCACACGGAGUGGGUCAGCUGCGUUCGCUUCUCCCCCAACCCUUCCAACCCCGUCAUUGUGUCUGCUGGAUGGGACAAGGUCGUCAAGGUCUGGGAGCUUUCCAAGUGCAAGCUGAAGACUAACCACUUCGGUCACACUGGCUACAUCAACACCGUCACUGUCUCUCCUGAUGGUUCGCUGUGCGCUUCCGGUGGAAAGGACGGUAUCACCAUGCUCUGGGAGCUGUCCGACGGCAAGCACCUGUACAGCCUCGAGGCCGGCGACACUGUCAACGCUCUUGUGUUCAGCCCCAACCGCUACUGGCUUUGCGCUGCCACCGCAUCUUGCAUCAAGAUUUUCGAUCUCGAGAGCAAGAGCAUCGUCGACGAGCUGAAGCCCGAGUUCACGGGCGUCGGCAAGAAGGCCAUCGACCCCGAGUGCAUCUCCCUCGCUUGGUCGGCCGACGGCUCUACCCUCUAUGCCGGUUACUCCGACAACCUCGUCCGUGUCUACAGCGUCUUGGCCUGAGCCGAUCACGCCUGUGCGCUUGACGGCUUGGCAGCCAUUGUGGAGGAUCAGGGGCUGUCGUGAACGCAGGGGGCGUUUCCAGCCUUGAGAGUUCGGAGGAUGAAAAGUGAUGCGAGCGCAGGGGGCGCUACCACUUUGGGAAGGAAGUCACAUCAUUUACUUUCAUGAGGUCCUGAACGCGACGCGUGCUGGAACGGCUUUGAAGGUCGCAAUUGCCUAGUCAUGACUGAGGCAAAGAGCCCUGAUGGCUCAAGCGUCUGGACCUCAGAGUUGCCGCAGGCGCAGGGGGCGUCUCCACCUCUUUCUCCCAUGUAUUUUUCACUCACGAUACAAAAUUCAGCAUGUGCACUGAAAUUCGACUGAGGGUACGAAUGGGCGGAUCCUUGUGAUCCUUCGACUCUGUUGCUUUUCAGUAUGCGCUCACUGGUGCUCAGUAUCAACC